GUCUUCAGCCGGAUCAUCUGAGCCUGCUUCCGUUUCGAGAUCCCCUUCCGUUUUCCUGUUUUCAAUGGCGUCUGCCUCGCGCGAAUGGUCAAAAACAGCGCAGAGACGCGCGUGACAGCACGUUCGGAUGUGUCCCGUCCUCGAUUUGGUGCCGCUUUGCAAUGGUCUGGCCUAAUGCCGUUCUCCAUCUUGAUGGCAGCUAUAGCCCUGGCCCCCUGCUACCACAGGCGAACGCGAGUGCAUGGCCCCAGUGCCUUUCCGAGUCCGACGAAUCCCUCGGUGGUAGCCUCUGUAGAGUGCUGGAUGUUUUCCAAGAGGAACCCGUUGAUGACACAAUGGAGAUUUCGUUGCCACUGCAACUUGUGCCACAGCCUUCCCUGUCCCUCGUGGACCUUGGAAAACAGCUUCUGGAGUCUGCGCGCAAUGGCGAGACUGAAGAAGUUCGUCAACUCAUGACCAGUGGUGCUCCUUUCACUACUGACUGGCUGGGCACAUCUCCCCUGCACAUGGCUGCUCAGAACGGGCAUGUGGCAACAGCUGAAGUGCUGCUGCGAGCAGGCAUCAGCCGAGACGCACGCACCAAGGUGGACCGCACCCCACUGCAUGUGGCAGCUCAGGAGGGCCACCUGGAUGUGGUGGAGCUCCUGCUCAAGCACUCUGCCGACAUUGAGGCCAAGGACAUGCUGCGCAUGACACCCCUUCACUGGGCAGUGGAGAGGGGCCAUCUGGACGUGAUCAAAUGCCUCCUGCGGUGGGGUGCGGAUGUAGGCGCAUGUAGCAAGUUUGAAAAGACACCGCUUGACAUCGCCCUGGACAACGACUACGUUGAAGUGGUCAGAGUGCUUCAGGAACAUGUCUGCAAUCCAACCCGGACCAAAGAGACUGUGGAACAAACUUUCAUACUGCCUGUCGCACAAAUGACUAAGGUCCCAGCUGGUGCCAUAGGCACUGCUCACAAGGUUGUCAAGGCCAUUCCUGCUGUCACGACUGGACUCGUGACUGCUGCCAGUCCCACCAUAAUCCAGGCCAAGGCAACUGGGGUGGCGACAACAGCAGCACGUACUGUGUUUGUUGCUGCCAAGGCACCACACACCAACACUGUCAAGAGAGCCACGGUGACCAAAGUAGUGCCUGCCACCUCUGUAGCUGCUGCUGCUGCUGCUGGUGUCACGGUCACUGCAACGACUGCUGCAACCACAUCCACCACGAAUGUAACUACCGAAGAAGUGAGCGGUGACCAGGGAAGCCCUUCUGUCCUGGCCACUCUUGCAGCACUUGCAGAGGCCACUGCCCCCAAUGCAACAACAUUGUCUUCAAACGAGGCAGUUCAGUGGCUCGAGACACAUGGCAUUACCAUGCUGCCUGCAGACAACUCCACCAUUGUGGCUUCAGCGUUGGAAGGUGGCCAGACUAUAUCGCUCACAGAUGCUGGUAAACUGGCUCUGAACUGGGUGAAGGAUCAGCACACUGUUGCUGCCGAUGGAACUACCAGUGAAGUCUCUCUUUCCAAUGUUGCCAGUGCUGGAAACCAGAAAGUGAUUGCCAUAGUGACCGACCAGUCACAAAUCUCGUCCCUAGUCAGUGCGGGUGCUGGCCAGUCACCAUUUGUCGUCGUUUCUGGGGCCAAUUUUAAGGCAGCAGAUGGCAGUGCCUCGCACAUGAUCAUCAAGAGCCCCAUGGAGCCGCCCCUGAAGCGCAUCAGGAAGGUGUCUGUCCCCGACAAGGUCAAUGGGAAGUCGGCAGCUACACCGAUUGUUGUGACAGAAUCUCAGGCCAAAUCCCCAGUGGAUCAGGAGAAGGACAAGCUCCAGCGGGAACUGGAAGCCCUUCGUAAACAGGCAGAGCAGUACAAGGCCCAGCUUCAACUGAAGUCGCACGAAGCUGAGCAGUACAAGAAGCAGUUGGAGCAGAUGAAGUCCAGCAGCUGAGAGAUGAGAGGAGGGGGAGGAGGACAGAGCAUCGUGUGGCCAUCGUCAUCUCACCAGGGCUUCUUGGGGACGAGGGAACACUUUUUCUUUUUCCUGAUUGCCUGUACAUACUGCACAUUACAAUGAACUCAUUGUUUUUAUAACAAA